AUGGAUAAGCUGUUUAUAGAGUCAUAGUUUACUACUGCCAAAGUAGCAACUUGCACAUUAAACUAAUGGGCAAUGGAUUUUGAAUGGAAUAAAAACAAUAUCAUUAAAUCAAUUAAGCAAGCUAAGGCUCAAGGGUGUACUAUUCGUUUAGGUCCAGAACUAGAAGUAACAGGUUAUAGCUGUGAAGAUCAUUUUCUAGAAACAGAUACUAUUACUCAUUCAUGGGAAGUGUUAGCAGAAAUAUUAGAUUCAGAUAUUACAAACGGUAUUUUAUGUGCUAUUGGAAUGCCUGUUUUGCACAAUAACAUACUUUUUAAUUGUGCUGUUAUAGUCCUUAAUAAGCAGAUAUUAUUGAUCAGACCUAAAAUAUAUCUUGCAGAAGGAGGUAAUUACAGAGAGCCUAGAUUUUUCACAGCUUGGGGUAUUAAUAAAGAGAUUGAGACAUUUGAACUUCCUAUGAUAAUUUAGUAAAUAACAAAACAAAAGAGUGUUCCUUUUGGAAAUGCAAUUAUCCAAACAUUAGAUACCCGUAUUGGUAUUGAAACAUGUUAAGAACUUUGGAUGCCAAGCACAUUAAGCAGUGUUCUAAGUCUAAAUGGAGUAGAAAUAUUUUUAAACAUGAGCGGUUCUCAUUACGAAACAAAUAAACAAAAGCGUAGAUUAAAUAUGAUCCUUGAAGCAACUAUCAAAACUGGAGCAAUUUAUUUAUAUUCUAAUUUAAGAGGUUGUGAUGGUAAUAGAAUUUACUUUGAUGGUGCUUCUAUUAUCGCUUAAAAUGGAAAAAUUCUAUCUAUGACAGAUAUGUUUGCACUCUAAGAUAUUGAUUUGGUAAUAACCUAAGUUGAUCUUGAUAGAGUCAGAUCAUCUCGUGCAGAAAAUAAGUCUUUUGGUGAGCAAGCAUUAGAAGUAAAAAGGUACCCAGUUGUUCAUGCUGAUAUAAGUAUUGCUCAAAUACCUUUUAGUGAGUCUGUAUAUAAAGAACUCUCAGAUGAAGAAGUUUUGCAAUACAUAGUUCAUGAUUUAUCUUAUGGUCCAUCAUGCUAUCUCUGGGAUUAUUUAAGGAGAUCUGGAGCUAAUGGUUUCUUUUUACCUCUUUCUGGAGGUGCUGACAGUGCUUCAACUGCCCUAAUUGUUUAUAAUAUGUGUUGUGUUGCUUUUGAAACUAUGAAAAAUGAUGAAAGUAUUCUCCAGACUUUGCGUUAAAUAGUUAAAGAUGAAUCUUUUAUGCCUACUAAUCCUAAAGAUAUUUGUAAAAGAGUAUUAUAUACAGGGUAUUUAGGAACAAGAAACAGCUCUUAAGAGACCAGAGACCUUGCUUAAUUACUCUCUGAAGAAAUUAAUAGCACUCACUACAACGUAAAUAUUGAAAAGGUAUUUAAGGCUUUUGAAGAUAUAGCAGAAGAAACAUUUGGUAAAAGGCCUGAAUUUAACAAAUCCUAUGCAGAGGAUAUCGCCUUAUAAAAUAUUUAGUCACGUUCUAGAAUGAUUACAUCUUUCUUAAUGGGUUAGCUUGCUCCUUGGAAUAAAGGUUUAAAUGGAUUUUUGUUAGUUUUGGGUAGUGCUAACCUUGAUGAAGGAUUAAGAGGUUACCUUACAAAGUAUGAUUGUUCAUCUGCAGACAUCAAUCCUAUUGGAUCUAUUUCUAAAACUGAUGUUAGAAAACUUCUUCAAUGGAACUACGAAAAGAGAAAUAUCUAAGCAGCAAAGAAAAUAUUAGAUUUAGUACCUACUGCUGAGCUUAAACCUCUAAAUGGAGAUAAGUUUGCUCAAACUGAUGAAUAAGAUAUGGGAAUGACAUACGAUGAGCUUGGAGUGUAUGGAAAAUGGAGAAAGAAUGAUAAGCUAGGUCCAGUUUCUAUGUUCAAAAGAGCUGUAUCUUCAUGGAAGCAUUUGAAACCAUAAGCUAUUGCAGAGAAAAUAAAACAUUUCUUUAAAUAUUAUGCCUUGAACAGACACAAAUAAACUGUUAUUACCCCUUCUUUCCAUGCAGAAAGCUAUUCUACAGAUGAUAACAGAUUUGAUCUUAGAUAGUUCCUUUAUAACUUUAAAUGGCCUUUCUAAUUUAAGCGUAUAGAUAAGCUUGCAGAAGAACUUGAAAAAAAUCAAAAAAAAUGA